AUGGGAAAGUCAAAGGAAAUCAGAAAAGAUGUCAGGAAGCAAAUCACGAGCAACACCAGGGCGAUUCUUCCUGGGGAACAGAAGACACCGCCGUGUUCAGCAGUAAAGCGCCUCGGAGUCGCGUCGGUUUCAGUCGGCUGUGAUGACCCUGGUAGCUGUUCUGUGAGUUGGUUGUCUGUUUCCUCUCUGCCUGCAGGCAUGGUGCUGUCGGUGUUUGUCGUCCUGUUGCUGACCGUCGUCUUUGAAAUCCUCAAAGUGUGGCGGGUUUGGCUGAGCAGCGGCUCCCGACUGGCYCAGCCUCUGUCGGCGUACGCCGCUGCGUCGUCCGGCCGCACGGAGAGCAGCUCUGCGCUGGACGCCAGCCCCUCCGAGUCCUCGCUCACCCCCACAGAGACCCAGCCRCUCAGAGCCAGGAACAGCUGGCUGCUGCACGUCAUCCAGACGUGCCUCCACGUCCUGCAGGUGAYGCUCGGCUACAUGCUGAUGCUCUGCGUCAUGUCCUACAACGUCUGGAUCUUCCUGGGCGUCGUCCUCGGCUCCGCCCUCGGMUAUUACGUCGCCUUCCCCCUGCUGGGCCAGAUGUCCCUGUACGGCCGGGUCCGGCACUGAACAGGCGAACGCGGCGAUGAAAAGCCACUUUCUUUGGACUCCACUGCAUCAGCGCAGAGAGCUGCCUCACAAUGACUUGCAGAAACUCACCUGGACCUGGAAACCAGAACCGCAGGAGUCGACCAGGGAGUGUUUAUCAGGCCAGAGUGGACAUGAGCACAAAUUAUGUGGUUUGUUGGGCUGCAGGGAUGAUGGGCUGUUAUGCUAAAACAUAUCAUGUCAGGAGGUGUGUGUGUGUGUGUGUGUGUGUGUGUGUGUGUGUGUGUGUGUGUGUGUGUGUGUGUGUGUGUGUGUGGGGGGGAAUAAAAACAGCUUCUGCUCUCUCCCGCUCUGUUUUGGAAAUAAAGGCUAAUGUCUGCAACCCUUAUAGUUGGCGCUGUCGCUGUCCAAACGUUUCGCCCUGAAGGCCAAAACUGGCAAAUUUAAACAUGCAGGCCACUUUUUUACUAAAUUAAAAAUGCAAAAAGUAAUCAUGUUUUUGUUCAGCCUGCUUAGCAAUAAACUAAAUUUACAUCCAAAUCACAAAUGACCUUUGUUCUUUUGACUUAUUAAAAGAAAAACUAUUUCCAAAUUUUUUGGGUCAUUGGUUGUUUUCUAUUCCAUUGACCAAAUAGUUGCCAUCCUUCACUGGUGGCCAGGGGCCRAACAAAAUCAUUUCAWGGGUCACAAAUGGCCCCCGGGCCACAUUUUGGACACCCAUGCACUAUUGUAAAGCUACAACACUUUGGUCAGAAAUCUGCCUCUUUCAACAGAUUGUUUACAAAGCAGAUACUUUUUUUGGUUUUUGUGUGUUGCAGAUUUUCAGUGAACUCAACUGAAGUGUCCUGCUAAUUAAGGAAACAUCUUUAGUCUGGAAACUCCUCUGAUGAGUCACUUUGGCCAUCAGCAGUCACAUGCUCCAUUUUGUUUUGUUUUUUUGUCUGUCAGAGACUGGUGUUGCCUUGAAGCCGUUUGUUUUUGCUUGAAAUGAAAAACUUUUUACGACCCAUAUCUUCAAAGCUUGUGAUCAGUGUUUGUGAUUCUAUAUUUGCGGUUUUGUUUGAAUCAAAAAUAAAGAUUAAAGCUGCUGAA